AUGGAGGAAAACGAGCUGCUAUCAUGCUGAAAAACGAAGGAUCCCGACAACCGAGCAUCAUCAACCGGGAUAGUUAGACACGAGUCACUGUUUAUCCUGACUGCUGUAUCCGUAAAGCUUUGCCAAAAUGAUGGAAGAAAUCGACCGGUUCCAAGUCCCUCCAGUCAACGGGGAGACGCAGCCUUUGGACCCAGCAGCAUCCUCCACCUCAGAGACGGACGCUGACUCCAAGGGCGAGACUGUGGCCAUGAACUACAAGCCCUCACCGCUGCAAGUCCAAAUAGAGAAACAGAGGGACCUUGCCAGGAAGGGAUCAGUGAAGAAUGGCACCGUGGGAAGUCCUGUCAAUCAACAACCCAAGAAGAAUGCCAGGACAAGGUUGGUGGUGCCAAACAAAGGCUACUCAUCUUUAGACCAGAGCCCAGAUGAGAAGCCCCUUGUGGCACUGGAUACUGACAGUGAUGAUGACUUCGACAUGUCCAGAUACUCCUCAUCAGGAUACUCCUCAGCCGAGGUGAGAUGUCUGAGGGACCAGCAGAUCAACCAGGACCUGAACAUCCAGCUCCUGAAGGACGGGUACCGGCUCGAUGAGAUCCCAGAUGACGAGGACCUGGAUUUGAUCCCCCCCAAAGCAGUCAACCCCACUUGCAUGUGCUGCCAGGCUGCUCCCUCUACAGCUUGUCAGAUUCAGUAGCACCAUUUCCUCCCCCUUCCCAAAAAAAAUCUCCUGCCUGCCACCUGCACUGAGGCCAACUACUGACCAGAGUGGCAGCAAGGAGGCUAGUGAUGGAACAAAGGGAAAACAAGGGUUUAUAAAUGCUAAAAUAAGAAAUGGAGAUAGGUCAAGUCUUAAAAAAAAGAGUCAAUAUGUACAGUAUCUGUGCAUGUUCCUCCUAUGGUAGGAUCUGUGCAUCUUCUGCAUAGUUGGUUCAGCGAAGGACUCGACUGAUGGCAGAAACAUUACCUCUAAGGAAAACAUGUUACUUUUGCUUCUCCUUUGUUUGACUUCCAUCUCAUGCUUGUGGAUAUUUUGGUUUACAAGGACCUUGAUGGAUUGUUUGACGCUGUGGAAGAAACGUAACAAAAAUGACGGGACUAUUUGACCAAGAUACUUGAAACGGUUCAAGGGGACAUCACUUUGACAGUGCAUCAUCCAGGGAAUCUACUUAUUCUGCUGGUGUCAUUGAUGGUCGAUGGAUAAGAAGAGAUUGGAGUUUUUUUUAGUGGCCAUUGUUUUCUCUCUCUCUCUCUCCCUUCAUUUAGCCAGUCUGCUUCAUCUUCCUGUGAAUACGUGUCAAACGUGAAAAAGAUAUGCGUGUGUCUAAAUAUGUCCAAGAGAGUAGUGCUAAGCCAUCAAGCUUCUGAUAAAACAUUAAUUCUUACACUAAGACAUCACGUCCAGCUUUAGUUUCCUUUUUAAAGUUUGUCUGUUACACCAAGGUUGUACUGCUAAAUGGUUUCAUAUUCAGUUAAAAGAAGCUAAAACAAAUAGUUUUGCAUGUUGCCUGUUUACAGUGUGUCCUAAUGACCAGCUAGUGCAGAUAAUUUAUCAGUUUUUAUCGACCCCUGAACACAUCCUUGCACCGAUGAGACAUUAUGUGAUGCGUGCUUUUAAAAACAUAAAAUAGGUCAUGUUUAGGUUCACCUGCUGUAAUAUCAGUAGAUAUAAACAGUUAGUAGACCUAAUAGCAGAACAGCUCAUGAGUUAGCGUGUACUUCCUGCGUGCUUGUCUAUGUUAGCCUCAGCGUGAGAGGAUGUUUAAGAGGGUCACAAAGGCAGUCACCACCGGUGAUUGUGGCUACAAAAUAAUUCAUAAACUCGAGGGAAUAAAUGGUUUGAUAAAAGGCUUAGAAUAUGUACAAAUACAUACAAACUUUGUGCAGUUUUGGUCAUACCUGAUGUAAGUUCUGAAGAAUGUCAGAGAGGUAUCGCAUAUGGAUGGAAAUUUUAAUUUUUCUUCUUUUUUUUUCUUUUUUUUUUGCAAAUCAAGGAAAGUAUAAAAUGCUUUAGUUGUAAGUGUAUUUGAUUUGUAGGGAUUUGUGCAUAUUCCCCUUGAGUUUUAUUGUAACCAGUUUGUCUGAUUUGGGGACUGGAACUGUAUAUGUAGCACCGGAAACAGCUGUGUAUUGUCACUGCUUUAUGCCAAUGGAUGUUUUCCAUGAUGUUGAAAAGGAAGUAGUCCUUGCUGUUAGGAAGGCCUGAAUUCAUACUGUUUUGUUUUUCAUGUUUACAUCACUCUUAAAGAUAUCUCUAGAGCCCUGCAGACACCAGCUACGGUUCAGUAGUAGAUAAAAGUUACCUGCAUGUGAAUCUGCUCUGAAACAAAUGAAGGAAGAUGGAAGAUCAGGCUGGGUUUCCCAAAAACACAACAACGAUGAGUGUUUAAAAAGUAAACGACUUCCUGAUCAUGCACAGAUUGACAGUAAUUCUUUAAAAUGACUUAAACCUAGGUAUGCUUUUAUCCAGCUGAUGGGAAAGACAGCUGGACAAAUCAGUACUAGUCUAAGUAUGUUUGCACUUUACACUCUCAUGAUAACAUUCAGAAUAUUCAGUUAUUCUGUUGACACGUACAGAAGAUUUCAGAUCAGGAUGUGAAAUUACUUCUACUUUGUGCAUCGACUCUGACCAAACUGAAUUUCUUAUUUAUAUUUUAAACAUAUUGCAGUGUUUUUGAGAAACUUUGCUUUAAUCUUUCAUAACUGACGUUCUCCUGAUUUUGUUAGCACAUUUACAAGUUAGAGAUUUUACAUUUCUUAUAAAAAUACACACAACAAAAUCAACUCUGUGUAAUUCGCUGAACGGAGAUACAGUGUGUACUGUACUGACUUCAGAUGACUGUAUCUUUCAACAGCAUACAUUAGUGUGGUCAAGAGAGGAAGACGUUUGUGCUGUGGUCAAAGUAGUGCACUGUAUAAGGAGAUUAAACGACAUCUACUUGGAAAGAGAAAACGAAAUGUUAAUUCUGUUUGGAAGAAAGUAUCUCCUUUUUCUUAUUAUCACUUAGCCUCACACUGAGUCACAAAUGUAAUCAAGCAUAAACAUUUUUUGUUUGCAAAUAAGGUGCCAUUGUGUGUAGGUAAUUAAAUGACUUGCAUUAAGUAGAAAAAAGACCUGAACAGUACAGAAGGUCUGGUAAUAUAUCACUAAUGCAGCUUCUAGCUGAGGCGUGUGUGCAACCUGUAGCUGUGUACAGUUAACAUUAACACUGAGGGACUGACUGUGUGAUUGACUCUGGUGCUGAUUUUUUUUUUUUCCUAUCAUUAACAUCAUCCUAAUAGAUUCACAUCUAUUGAGUGCACUACUUCUGGCCAAUGUUGUCUCACUUAGGGAGUCUAGAGUAAUGCAUUAUUGUAACAGAAGCUAUUUAUUUGCAGUUGUGUGUGUGUGUGUGUUUUUAAUUUAUUUUUCAAGUAUGGGAAAUAAUUCAUAUGCAGACGGAUGCUUUUUAUUUGUCAGGUGCUUAAUAUGAUGAUUGUGAAAUGGUUCCAUUUAGAUUUUAACAGUGUUAAAAGUUCUGUGUAUAGUGCAGCAUAUCAAAAAAAUAAAUAUUAGAUAUCUGAAGUUU